UUGAGCAGACCCCGCUUCCGAGAGGGAGCAAGCCAGGAUUACAUCUGCCCAAGAUGCGAGUCUGGCUUUAUCGAGGAGCUUCCAGAAGAGACCAGGAGUGCAGAGAACGGCUCGGCCCCCUCCACAGCCCCCGCGGACCAGAGCCGGCAGCCGUUCGAGAACGUGGACCAGCCCCUGUUCACGCUGCCGCAGGGCUACGGGCACUUUGCUUUCGGCAUCUUUGACGACAGCUUCGAGAUUCCCACCUUCCCCCCUGGGGCACAGGCCGACGACAGCAGGGACCCCGAGAGCCGGCGGGAGAGAGAGCAGCACUCCCGGCACCGGUACGGCGCCCGGCAGCCCCGCGCCCGCCUCACCGCGAGGCGGACCACCGGCCGGCACGAAGGCGUCCCCACGCUGGAAGGGAUCAUCCAGCAGCUGGUCAACGGCAUCAUCACCCCGGCCACCAUCCCCAACCUGGGCCUGGGCCCCUGGGGCGUCCUGCAUUCAAACCCAAUGGACUACGCCUGGGGGGCCAACGGCCUGGAUGCGAUCAUCACGCAGCUCCUCAAUCAGUUUGAAAACACGGGUCCCCCGCCCGCAGACAAAGAGAAAAUCCAGGCCCUCCCCACCAUCCCCGUGACCGAGGAGCACGUAGGCUCCGGGCUGGAGUGCCCCGUGUGCAAGGACGACUACGGGUUGGGCGAGCGCGUGCGGCAGCUGCCCUGCAACCACCUCUUCCACGACGGCUGCAUCGUGCCCUGGCUGGAGCAGCACGACAGCUGCCCCGUCUGCCGAAAAAGCCUCACAGGACAGAACACGGCCACCGACCCCCCGGGCCUGGCGGGCGUGAGCUUCUCCUCCUCCUCGUCCUCCUCCUCCAGCUCACCCGGUAACGAGAACCCGGCCAGCAGCUCCUGAGCGUCCCGGCCGGCCCCCAGGGCGAGCACCGGGCCGCGGGCCGGGACUGCGGACGCUGAAGCCCCCCUGCACCCCUCGCGCGCACGGACUGCGGUGCCGCCGGGCCCACUGCGGCACAGGCUUGGAGGACCCGCCCCUCCUGGCUGCGGAGGGAGCCCGGCCUCCCCAGGGACGGGCCGGGCUGGGCAUAUGCCACCCGGGGCGUCUGACUCCCUUCCUGUUUGUCUCUGACCUCACCCUCUACGUGUUCGACGGCAGAAAGGUUUUUAUAAUUUUAAAUUAUUACCGCUUUGAAAUAAAUGGACGUUUGAGCUCA